AUGGUGGUACAGGCGAACACACCUCUGGGUCACCGCGGCGAACCCUGGUUCGAAGACGGAAACAUCGUCCUUCUCGUCGUGGACACGGAUUCCGACACAACCGUUGCAUUCAAAGUCCACCGAGGAGUCCUUGCGCGACAUUCCGAGAUCUUUCAGUCAAUGUUCGAGAUCCCCUCACCCACCCUGGAGAACGUUGAGAUGGCCGAUGGAUGCCAGGUUGUGCGCAUGCACGAUCGGCCGACCGAACUGAGCGCACUCAUCCGCGCGCUGUACGACGGAGCAUCGUUUCUACAUCGCGGGAUCGAGGACUUCUACAACGUCGCGGGCAUCCUCCGCCUCGCGACCAAGUACUUCGUCGCCCAUCUUCGAAGAGAGGCCAUCAAAUAUCUCCUCGAGAUAUGGCCGCACACAAUACAGGGCCAUGACCGCUUCAUCGAGCGGGCCGUCAGGGCACCGCUCGUGGGUGAUCUCACGUACCCGUACGUGCACCCUCUCCACGUCCUCAACCUUGCCCGCGAGACGCACGUCAACAUCAUCCUCCCCUCCGUGCUCUACUUCCUUUCCCUCUACGACCUCGCCGACCUCCUUCGGGCUGACCACCCCAAGCUUCUUGUCAAGCAUCCUUCGCAGCCGUCCAGUCAAAUGUCUCCUCGCGACGUCAAGGAUUACACCCUCAUGUACCAGCAUAGGCUGCAAAUCGUCUUAGACUUCAUCCGCAAAGGAUGCUCCGGACGCGAGCCGGCGAAUACAUGUCAGAGCACUACCGGACGGUGUCAGAAAGGCUUCAUCCGCUUAGGCACACGUCUAUCCCAGUCCUGGGUCCCUCGAAUCGGGCCUCUACACUACAUGGUGCAAGCGGUAGAUCAUCUGGGUGAAGAUCAAGAUAUAUGCGCGCAAUGUCGAAGAUCGUUCAAACACGAUACCCUCAGGCUACGUGACAAGUUGUGGGCCGGUCUGCCGGCGGUUCUCGGGCUGCCAUCAUGGGAGGAGCUGGAGAAGAGCGAUAUGGCAACUUGA